AUGUCGGCUCCUGUCGCGCCCCGGGGCGGCCCUGCUCCUCCUCCUCCUCAGCCGCCUAUGCAGCCCGAGAUGCCCGACCUCAGCCACCUCACCGAGGAAGAGAGGAAAAUUAUUCUAGCAGUCAUGGACAGGCAGAAGAAAGAAGAGGAAAAGGAGCAAUCGGUGCUCAAGGCCAAAGAAGAACCCAAACCCCAGGCGACGCAGUGGUUUCCCUUUAGUGGGAUCACUGAGCUGGUAAAUAACGUUCUACAACCACAGCACAAACAACAAAAUGAAAAGGAGUCCCAGACGAAAUUGCACCAGCAGUUUGAAAUGUACAAGGAGCAGGUCAAGAAAAUGGGGGAAGAAUCCCAGCAGCAUCAGGAGCAGAAGGGUGAUGCUCCCACUUGUGGCAUCUGCCAUAAAACAAAGUUUGCCGAUGGAUGUGGCCAUAACUGUUCAUAUUGCCAAACAAAAUUCUGCGCGCGCUGUGGAGGGCGAGUGUCUUUGCGCUCAAACAAGGAGGACAAAGUGGUUAUGUGGGUAUGUAACUUGUGCCGAAAACAACAAGAAAUCCUCACCAAAUCAGGAGCUUGGUUCUAUAACAGUGGCUCCAACACACCACAGCACCCUGACCAACAGGCUCUCCGAGGGAUGCGAAAUGAAGAAGCUCCUCAGGAGAAGAAAGCAAAGCUACAUGAGCAGGCUCAGUACCAGGGAACCCCAGGGGACCUGCCUGCCCCUGCUAUGGACAAAAGCCGACCUCAUGGGCUUACAAGGCAGGACUCAAUUAAAAAUGGAUCAGGAAUGAAGCAUCCCAUUACAAGUGACACCACGUCAGACAGGAAAAGGAGUCCAUCAAUAUCCAGAGAACAGAAUAGAAGAUACGAUCAACAGGAAGAGAGAGACGAAUAUUCCCAGUAUGCUACAUCAGACAGUGUAAUGCCUAGAUCUCCUUCAGAUUAUGCUGAAAGGAGAUCUCAUCAUGGACCUCAAUUGUUUGAAGAACCUGAACAUGUAGAUUAUAGGGACUCCAACAGGAGAAGUCGUAGACGUUCCAAAGAGUAUAUAGAUGAUGAGGAUGUGGAGAAUAGGGAUGAAUAUGAAAGGCAAAGGAGGGAGGAGGAAUACCAAGCACGCUACCGAAGUGACCCUAAUUUGGCUCGUUACCCAGUAAAGCCACAGCCUUAUGAAGAACAAAUGCGUAUCCAUGCUGAGGUGUCCCGAGCACGACAUGAGCGAAGGCAUAGUGAUGUUUCGUUGGCUAAUACAGAACUUGAAGAUUCUAGGAUUCCUAUGCUAAGAAUGGAACGGCAGUCAAGGCAAAGAUCCACAUCCGAGCGCAGGGCAGCCAUGGAAAACCAGCGCUCUUAUUCAAUGGAAAGAACUCGAGAGACUCAGGGACUCAGUCCUAAUCGUCAGAGGACCACAAAUCAUAGUCCUCCUACUCCUCGAAGGAGUCCAAUCCCUAUUGAUAGACCUGACACGAGGCGCACUGACUCAUUAAGGAAACCACACCACUUAGAUCCCAGUUCUGCUGUCCGGAAAACAAAACGUGAAAAAAUGGAAACCAUGUUAAGGAAUGAUUCCCUCAGCUCAGAUCAGUCUGAGUCAGUAAGACCUCCACCACCAAAGCCUCAUAAAACAAAGAAAGGUGGUAAAAUGCGGCAGGUUUCCUUGAGUAGCUCAGAAGAGGAGUUGGCUUCCACACCGGAAUACACAAGCUGUGAUGAUGUUGAGAUUGAGAGUGAGAGUGUAAGUGAAAAAGGGGACAGUCAAAAGGGGAAAAGAAAAACUAGUGAGCAGGCAGUUUUGUCGGACUCUAACACCAGGUCUGAGAGACAAAAGAAAAUGGUGUCCUUUGGUGGCCACUCUUUGGAAGAGGACUUGGAAUGGUCUGAGCCUCAGAUUAAGGACUCUGGGGUAGAUACGUGUAGUAGCACGACUCUAAACGAGGAGCAUAGCCAUAGCGAUAAGCACCCUGUAACUUGGCAGCCAUCCAAAGAUGGAGACCGUUUGAUUGGUUGCAUUUUAUUAAACAAGCGCCUGAAAGAUGGAAGUGUCCCCAGAGAUUCAGGAGCAAUGCUUGGAUUGAAGGUUGUAGGAGGAAAGAUGACUGAAUCAGGUCGACUCUGUGCAUUUAUCACCAAAGUUAAAAAAGGAAGUUUAGCUGAUACUGUGGGGCAUCUUAGACCAGGUGAUGAGGUGUUAGAAUGGAGUGGAAGGCUACUGCAGGGAGCUACCUUUGAAGAAGUUUACAACAUCGUCCUAGAGUCUAAACCAGAGCCACAAGUGGAACUUGUGGUUUCAAGGCCUAUUGGAGAUAUCCCCAGAAUCCCUGAUAGUACACAUGCACAACUGGAGUCUAGCUCUAGCUCCUUUGAAUCUCAAAAAAUGGAUCGCCCUUCCAUUUCUGUUACUUCUCCCAUGAGUCCUGGGAUGUUGAGGGAUGUUCCGCAAUUCUUGUCUGGACAACUUGCAAGCCAAAGCCUUAGUAGAAGAACAACGCCUUUUGUUCCUAGGGUUCAGAUAAAACUAUGGUAUGACAAAGUUGGUCAUCAAUUGAUAGUUACAAUUUUGGGAGCAAAAGAUCUCCCUUCCAGGGAAGAUGGGAGACCACGGAAUCCUUAUGUUAAAAUUUACUUUCUUCCAGACAGAAGUGAUAAAAAUAAAAGAAGAACCAAAACGGUAAAGAAAACAUUGGAACCUAAGUGGAAUCAAACAUUCAUUUACUCUCCAGUUCAUCGGAGGGAAUUUCGAGAACGGAUGUUGGAGAUUACCCUUUGGGAUCAAGCUCGAGUUAGAGAGGAAGAAAGUGAAUUUUUAGGAGAGAUUCUAAUUGAAUUAGAGACAGCAUUAUUAGAUGAUGAGCCUCAUUGGUAUAAACUUCAGACACAUGAUGUCUCUUCAUUGCCACUUCCCCACCCGUCUCCAUAUUUGCCACGACGACAGCCACAUGGGGAGAGCCCAACUCGAAGGUUGCAAAAUAAAGGCUUUUAUUCAUAUAAUUCAGGGUCUAAGCGAAUAAGUGACAGUGAAGUCUCUGACUAUGACUGUGAUGAUGGAAUCGGUGUAGUGUCAGAUUAUCGGCACAAUGGAAGAGACCUUCAGAGUUCAACAUUGUCAGUGCCAGAACAAGUGAUGUCAUCAAAUCAUUGUUCACAGUCUGGGUCCCCUCAUCGAGUAGAUAGUAUAGGAAGAACUAGGUCAUGGUCACCCAGUGUCCCUCCUCCACAAAGUCGAACUGUGGAACAGGGUCUUCGAGGGACACGACCUUCUAGUGGACAUUAUAAUACUAUCAGCCGAAUGGACAGACAUCGUGUCCUUGAUGACCAUUAUUCUCCAGAGAGAGAAAGUCAUUAUCUCACUCUACCUCGCUCCAGAUACAUUGAUCAUCAUCACAGAGAUGUCAGGAGGAAUAGGCAGGAGAGAAGAGAGACUAAUACAUAUUUUGAUGACACUCCUCACAGUCCUGAAAGGAAUUGUGAAGCAGCAGAUAGACAGCCAUAUCUCAGAUCCAGAUCAACAGAACAACGGCCUGUCCUAGAGCGGACCACCUCCCGCUCCAGAUCCACUGAACGUCCUGAUACAAACCUCAUGAGGUCGAUGCCUUCAUUAAUGACCGGAAGAUCUGCCCCUCCUUCACCUGCCUUAUCGAGGUCUCAUCCUCGUACUGGCUCUGUCCAAACAAGCCCAUCAAGUACUCCAGUGGCAGGACGCAGGGGACGACAGCUCCCACAGCUCCCGCCAAAGGGGACCUUGGAGAGAAACAAUGGAGACAAGGAGAUAGAACCUUAUGAAGAAGUUACAUGGGAAGACCAGCAGAAAAAGGUGAAUGGUACAAUAGCUGAUGACAAACCAUUGCCGAAAAAGAAACACCAAACUGAGCCAGAAGUGGAUUCAACAAGGAGAAGAAAUUCAGGUUCUAUGGAUAUAGAGGAGAGAAACCGCCAAAUGAAAAUUAAUAAAUACAAACAGGUAGCAGGAUCAGACUCCAGACUGGAACAAGAUUACCAUUCUAAGUAUCGGUCAGGGCGGGAUCUUCAUCGAGGUGCAGACAAUGUUUCCACUAAAUCUUCAGACAGUGAUGUAAGUGAUGUGUCAGCUGUAUCAAGAACUAGCAGUGCCUCUCGUUUCAGCAGCACAAGUUACAUGUCUGUUCAAUCAGAAAGACCAAGAGGAAAUAAGAAAAUCAGAUCAAAAGACAUAGAGGAGGGUGGGCAAGAAGGGGAUAUGCACGAGGAGAUAGUUCGUGAGGAAAAGAAACAGGAAGAAAUGAAGGAAGAAGGAAUUAAUGAAAAAGAACAAGGGAAAGAUCUAACAAAAAAUUCCAAUAAUGAAAAAAACAGAGAAUCAGGAGAUAAGGAAAAAAUACAAGAUAAGACUCAGGAAAGGAAAAAAACAGAACAGUGGAAUUCAAAAGAUUUGCAAAGACGAUUCGCACAAGAUGAUGACAGUGUCUUUACAUCCAAAAUGCAAAGCAGACAGAUGGGCAUCUCAGGAAAGAAUAUGACUAAAAGCACCAGCAUCAGUGGGGACAUGUGCACAAUAGAGAAGAAUGAUGGCAGCCAAUCUGAUACCGCAGUGGGCACCAUGGGCACCGGUGGCAAAAAGCGGCGCUCCAGCAUUGGGGCAAAAAUGGUAGCUAUUGUGGGUCUCUCACGAAAAAGCCGCAGUACAUCCCAGCUCAGCCAAACUGAAGCUGGAGGCAAAAAACUGAGGAGUACUGUCCAGAGGAGUACAGAAACUGGCCUGGCAGUAGAAAUGAGAAACUGGAUGACUCGACAGGCAAGCCGUGAAUCUACAGAUGGAAGCAUGAACAGCUACAGUUCUGAAGGAAAUUUGAUUUUCCCUGGUGUUCGAUUGGCCUCAGAUAGCCAGUUCAGUGAUUUUCUGGAUGGCCUUGGUCCAGCUCAGUUAGUUGGGCGUCAGACAUUGGCCACACCAGCGAUGGGUGACAUUCAGGUUGGAAUGAUGGACAAAAAGGGACAAUUGGAGGUAGAAAUAAUUCGGGCCCGUGGCCUUGUUGUAAAACCAGGUUCAAAGACACUGCCAGCACCAUAUGUAAAGGUGUAUCUCUUAGAUAACGGAGUCUGCAUAGCCAAAAAGAAAACAAAAGUGGCAAGAAAAACACUGGAACCUCUUUAUCAACAGCUGUUGUCAUUUGAUGAAAGCCCACAGGGAAAGGUUUUACAGAUCAUUGUUUGGGGAGAUUAUGGACGAAUGGAUCAUAAAUCCUUUAUGGGAGUGGCCCAGAUACUUUUAGAUGAACUGGAGUUGUCUAAUAUGGUGAUUGGAUGGUUCAAACUCUUCCCCCCUUCUUCCCUAGUAGAUCCAACUUUGGCCCCUCUGACUAGAAGAGCUUCCCAGUCAUCUUUGGAAAGUUCAACGGGACCUUCUUAUGCUCGUUCAUAG